AUGGCUUGCCAAAAGAUUCAAUUCGAGAAGCAAAUUAUCGACUUGUACGACCAAAUAUCCAAACUCAAGAGCCUUAAACCUUCCGAAAAUGUUGACAACUUGUUCGGACAGCUCAUGUCCACGUGCUUGCCCACGGAGACUAACAUCGACGUCGAAAGUUUGUGCCCAAAAAUCCAAGAUAUCAGAACCAAUCUCAUCAAGCUACGUAGUGAAGCCAUAGGAUAUUCUGAGCAACACUUAUCCACGGUCCUGGGAUCUCUCGAAGACAACCCACUUCAUCAUUUAGAUCUCUACCCUUACUACAACAACUACCUCAAACUAAGCAAGGUCGAGUUCGAUCUCCUCACGCAACACACGAGCCAUGUUCCAACCAAGAUUGCGUUCGUGGGCUCUGGUUCGAUGCCCUUCACAUCCAUCAUCUUGGCUAAGUUCCAUCUCCCAAACACGACGUUCCACAACUUCGAAAUCGACCCUCAAGCCAACUCCCUUGCCUCCCGACUUGUCUCACGAGAUCUCGACCUCUCCAGACGCAUGAUCUUUCACACAAUGGAUAUACUCAACGCCACAGAGAUUCUACGUGACUACGACGUCGUUUUCUUGGCAUCGUUUGUUGGGGUGGACAAAGAAGCAAAAGUCAAAGUCAUCGAACACUUGGAGAAACACAUGUCUCCUGGAGCUCUGCUCAUGCUUAGGAGUGCUAAAGGCCUUAGAGCUUUCCUAUAUAUAGACAUUGAUCCUUGUGGUCUAAAAGGUUUCGAGGUGUUGGCGACCUAUCACCCGUCGUUGUCAGAUGGAUUUGUGAACUCGGUGAUGGUCACACGCAAACUCAGCGAUUAA